AUGGCAGAUGAAGCUGCUGACAUUUCAAAUAAGGAGAAUGUUUCUGUAGUAAUAAGAUUUCUGGAUACAACUAAAACCAUCCGAGAAGAAUUUAUUGGGUAUUACAUUUGUGAGGAGGGAUUAACAGGGGAGGCUAUCAAGGACAUUAUAACUGCAGCUGUAGCAAACUUAGGAUUGACAAUGGAAGACUGUCGUGGGCAGUGUUAUGAUGGUGCAGGCAAUAUGGCUGGAAGACUAAAUGGAGCCUCCUCAUUGAUCAGUGCAGAACACAAAAAGGCAAUCUAUGUCCACUGCAUGAACCACAGGCUUAAUUUGUGCAUAGCAGACACUUGCCAAUUGCCAAUUGUCAGGAACAUGAUGGAUAUUGUGCGCAAGAUUUCUAAUUUUUUUAACAACUCUCCCAAGCGUCAACAACAUUUAAUAGCCAAGAUCAGAGAACUAUUGCCUCGGGCAAACCAUACUGUUUUAAUUGAUGUGUGCCGCACACGAUGGAUUGAACGGAUUGAUGGAAUGGACCGCAUAGUUGAACUUCUCUACCCAGUCACAGCUACACUUGAAGACAUCUCACUUAACAGAAACAGCCCUGGAGACUCAACCUGGAAUCCAACAAACAUAUUUUGGGAUUAA